AUAAUCAUUUUGCAUCACACACAAAACCUUAAGUCACCAAAAUGACCAGUCUACUCAUCCUUCUACUAAUCCUCCCCAUUUCAAUCCUCUUCCAUCUCCUCCACAAAAAAACCCAUCAAACCCCGCCCGGCCCCCGCGGCCUCCCCUUCAUCGGCAACCUCCUCCACCUCGCCACCCCCGAACCACACGUCCACCUAUGCAAACUCUCCCGCACCUACGGCCCCCUCAUGUCCCUCAACCUCGGCUCCAAGCCCACACUCAUCGUCUCAUCCCCCCGAAUCACAGAGCAAGUGAUGCGAACUCACGACCUCGCCUUCUGCAGCCGCCCUAAGCUCCUCGGCCAGCACAAGCUCUUCUACAACGGCCUCGACGUCGCCUUCGCCCCCUACGGCCACUCCUGGCGGGAGAUGCGGAAGAUCUGCGUCGUCCAUCUCCUCAGCAACAAGCGCGUCCAGUCCUUCAGGCCCGUCCGGGAGGAGGAGGUGUUCGGCAUGACCCGAGAGCUCUCCCGGGACUCGGGCCGGGUGGUUAACCUGUCCGCGGUCAUGCUGGGGCUGACGAGCACGCUGAUUUGCAGGAUUGCGUUCGGGAAGGGGAAUUCGAAGAGGGAGAGGUUCGAUGUGCUUAUGAUUGAGGCUCAGGCGAUGCAGGCGGGUUUUGCGUUUGUGUCGGAUUAUUUUCCGUGGUUGGGGUGGGUGGAUAGGCUGAGAGGGAUGGUUGCUAGGCUUGAACAGAUUUAUAGAGACAUGGAUGAUUUCGUUGAGCAGCUGAUUUGUGAGCAUCUCGAUCCGAGUUGGCCUCAUUUCAAGAAUCCGAAUAUUCUAGAUCUUUUGAUUCAGCUCAAGAAUGAAAAUUCAAGCUCUACCACUCUCACGUGGGAUCAUGUCAAGGCAAUACUAAUGGAUAUAUUUGUGGCCGCUACAGACACAAGUGCAGCUACGGUAAUUUGGGCCAUGACAGCUCUAGUGAAAAAACCAGCAGCAAUGGAGAGAUUGCAGAAGGAAAUAAGGGAGUUAGUUGGGGACAGAACACAAGUGAACGAGGAUGAUCUACCAAAACUAGCUUAUCUCAAGGCAGUAAUCAAGGAGACUUUGAGAUUGUUCCCAGCAGCACCACUCCUACUGCCUAGAGAAUCAAUGUCUGAUUGCAAAAUAAACGGGUAUACGAUCCCGGCUAAGACACUAGUCUUCAUAAACGCGUGGGCGAUUGGAAGAGAUCCAGAGAGUUGGGAAAAUCCAGAUGAGUUCAUGCCAGAGAGAUUCUUGAAUUCAAGCAUCGAUAUCCUUGGGACGGAUUUUGAAGUGAUCCCCUUUGGGGCGGGGCGAAGAGGGUGCCCCGGGAUAGCCAUGGGGCUUGCAACGGUGGAGCUCACACUUGCGAACCUCCUUCACUCGUUCGAUUGGGAAUUUCCGCCCGGAGUGUCCAAAGAAGAUAUUGAUACUCAGGUUUUGCCUGGGCUUACCAUGCAUAAGAAACAUCCACUUUGUCUUGUGCCUAUUAAUAGAACACAUGGGUAGUAAUUUUUAUGCUUAAUUUAUAUCUACACUUGGUAUGUAUCUUGUAUAUGUGAAGAAUAAUUAAGAACUUACUUAAA